UGAGCUACAUGGGCCGAAACGCGCGGCUCUACCACCACAAGAUGUACGCCAUCAUCGGGCCAAUACUCUGCGGCAUCGGCGCCUUCUUCUGCGGCGCGUCCUACUUCAUGUACAAGUAUAAGCAGACGGGCGUCUUUCGGCGUCCCGAGCUGGUGCACUCGCGCUCGAGUCUGUCGCAGGCGAGGCAGCAGCAGCAGCAGCAGCAGCAGCAGCGACCACUGAACAUGUCGAGCAGUCUGCCGUGCAUACACACGGCGACCGGCUUCCAUCACCUUCCUGUCCUACCUAUUGAUUACGCAGAGCCGUGCGCGUCCGCGCAGCCGCACAUGAAGACGCGUGGCCGAGCGUUCAGCGCUAGCUGCGAGCUGAGCGAGUACAACGACCGAGCCAUCGAGGACGCCAUGUGUCUGUUCAUCGGAUACAACGGUCCAUCGCAUGCACGACGGAGUCAACAAUCUUCCCACCGGCCCACGCAGCCUCCAAGAAGCCCUUCGACAAUGAGAAGGGCCAGUAGCAGGACACUGCUCCUCUAGCGCUACGCUACACGGGACACGUCGUGUCAGGAUACCAACAUAUAUAUCGGCGCAUACAUAUUUGAUGUGUGGUUAACCGAUAUUCGCCGUAGCCACCAGUCGCUCUAAGAGUAAUAAUCACGCAAUGCAAUAAGCGGUGAGAAUGAACACAUACAUUAGCCCGGGAGAGCCCGGGUGCGCACAAGCGACUGAUGGCACGUCGAAACCUCGCCAAGGCCGCUGUCACUUGACUAGACGAGGGCCCAAUCGCGAGGCGACACGUUGAGCAACUUGCUUUCGCGUGCCGGUCGAGAGAGCGCUAUCAUCGCUCUAAGUCUAAUUGAAUUUUCUUUUCUCUGAGCGAUUUCAGCACAAUUGCCUCCCCGAGAUAUCGCAUCGAAGCCGGCUCGAAAGCACGCGACGCUGGCAACGGUGCGAUAAAAUAUUCGAGUGGAGCUGGAGCACUGGCGACGCAGCGACACUUGACAGAACCUAUAAGCUACUUGUCAGCGAUUAUGCAGAGAAAUGGCAAUCCCCGCUGAUCCACGUGCGCCAAACGAGGCCGUCAGUAAUAGAAGGGCGAGCGAUGGAAACGCAGGGAGGUUGGGCGGGAUAUAUCCUUUUUUGGCGCGGAGAAGUCAGCGUUCCGUUGCGCAUAAACACACAAUGACGCAAAGCUACACAACGACAGAGAUGUUUUCUGGACGGCAAUCCUAUACCCGAGAGAGAGAGAGAGAGAGAGUGAGAGAGAGAGAGAGGGUAAAAAAGAGCGCGCGAGAUAAUGCAGCGUGUGUAAGAGGGGACCGCGAGAUCGAGAAAGUGAGAGAGCGAGAGAGCAAGAUAUCGAGAUGACGGAAAUAGCAAAAGAAAGGCAGAAAUAAAGCAAAAAGAGAGAUGGUGAGAGAGAAAGAGGAGGAUAUGGAGAGAGAUGGAGAAAGAGAGUAGGCAAUUAGUGUCAGAAACCACGCAAACCUAGUGCUCUGCUCACCGUAAGUACCGUAGGCGUUGCCACGCAUACUACGCACGCAUGGACUCGGCACUGCUCAUUGGAGGCUAACAAGUCGCUCGGACACGCUCGUCGUGCGCGCGCAGCUCGCGACGCCGAUUCUAGAUCAAAGGAGCCGCCGUCGUCGUCGCGGACAGCAUUGACAAAAAAGUGGUGUCGUCAGUAGCGUACGCUCGCCUCGCACAUUUCAAGCGCCCUGGCCAGUAAUUGCGACAUGCGCAUACCAUCAACGGCAGCAAUGCGGAUUUGUAGAACAGGGUAGGGGAGGAAGGAAGACGAGGGGUGCUGACGGGAUGAUGGACAAGUGUACGGACGUGUUUAAGCGUGUCUAAAAUCAGUGCCAAAACGUGGCGGAUGUUGGAAUCAUUAGGUGUUGAAUGUUGGAAUUACUCGAUCCAUUAUCGUUAAUUAAGUUAUUUGCGAGAAUGUGUGAAAAAUCAUUGCAUCGCUGUCAGCAGGCGUCGUCAGAGCGAUUGUUACUCCUAAAACUAUUCCUAACUCUUACAUUAUAUCUUUUAUCGCUGAGAGGAAAUUAAGUUUCCGUGAACAAUUUUAAGCAUAUUUGCUACGAAGUGGAGGGAUGGGUUGCAGGCUGGCCCAGGCUGUCGCAACUAUUACAAGAAGGCGAUUACACGACAAAAUGUAACUCAUCACUCGUUUCUUGACUACAACACGCUCUGAGGAUCGCUGUGCCGCUAUUGACAUGAAACUUUCCAUUCCAGGUGAAUUAAAAAUAUGCAAUUAGUACAAUACAAUACUACUAGUAGACAUACUCCUCUUGUAAUAUAGGCCUAUUCUCUCUCUGUGCCUCUCUCCCUCUUUUUUUAUCUCUCUUUUCCUCCCUGUAUCUGUCUAUCUAUC